AUGGGUAAUGUUGGUUUGCUGUUGAUGUUGACGAUGAAUUUAGUAGUAAUCACAGGAGGAGGAAAGAGCUCAGCGUCAGCAUCACAUCGAUGUCGACUCGUUGACGAUGACAAGGACGAUAAAGAUGGAGGGAGGAAGACGACGAUAAGAAUGAUGAAAGUUGGGACGAAGGACACAAAUGGAUCACAACAACAACAACAACAACAACAGCAGCAGCAACGUCAAUAUCAUUAUCAUUAUCAGUAG